AGGAGGGCAUCCAGCGCGAGGGUAGGAGCUGGCGGGGGCGGAGAGGGCGGGCCAGGUCGGAUCGAGGCAGCAGCUCGGCAGAGGAGGCUCUCUUGCUCCCGGCCGCGAUCGGCGCCCCCUUCCCCGCCCCACCCGGGCCAAGCCCACGAGGAUCCCUCUUCUUCUGCCCCCACCCCAAAGCUGUCGUUUCUCUCCCACCAGGAGAUCCUGCAAUUGAGCUCCAUGCCCAGGAGGAAAGAGGUUCCACCACUGCAGAGGCUUUGCCUGGAGAAUGUGGCCGGGAACAUGAGCUGCCUCUGGCUCAAGGAUUACGCCGACAAAUACCUGGACGAAUACCACUUCCGCUACAUCAUGGGGCCCUUCAGUGAGCUGGCUGGCUCUGUCGUACAGGAGCUGCUCCAGCUGAUGGGGCAGAGUGGGCGCCUGACCCGCCCCAUGCUGCACCUGCUCCUGGUGCCUCACCUGACGCAGCUGAGCCUCAGCACCUGCCCGAAGCUGGUCACCAAAGCCAUCACAGACAUCAUCACUGUGCGCUGCAAGAACCUGUCCUUCCUGGAUCUCCGUGGCUGCAGCCGGAUCCCCGCCGACUCCCUGGUUGACCUGGCAGAACUCCUACCCGGCCUCCUGAAGCUGAACCUCUCAGGGACGCAGUGCAACACAGCCGUCCUGUCGGCUGUGGGCUCCUCCUGCCGGCGGCUGCGCGAGCUGGACAUCUCUGCCUGUGCCCGGCUGUCCGGAUCCUCCCUCCUGCACCUGGCCUACGACUCCACGGCGGGCGCCUUCUGCUGCCCGGCCUUGCAGGUGCUGGCAGCAUCUGACCUUGAACCCAGCGCCUCCGGCCAGGACCUCCUCUGGGCCCUAGUGUUCCUGCUGCUGGCACUGCCCAGCCUGAAGUCGCUGGCCAGCAGCCUCGUUACGGACGCCGUGUGCUUGGUCCACCACCAGGAUUUCCGCAGGGCCCAGAUCCCUCUGCACUUUCCCUCCCUGGAGGAGCUGGCGCGGCGGCACAGGGCACCCUCCUUCACAGGCGAGGGGAGUGCCAAGCUCACGCUGCCCCUCCGGGAGAUGCUUGAGGUGAGCGAGGAGUCCUUGCCUGCCAUCUGUGCUGCGUGCCCCUACGUGGCGAGGGCCACGGUAUUCCUCGCAGACCGCCCUGGCAAGGGCCAAAGCCCCCUGCUGUCCUGGCACCGUCUUGCCCACCUGACGUUGAGCUGCCAGGAGACCAGGCACCUGGGAGAGUUGUUGCCCCUGGCCUCCACCCAGGGCAGCCAGCUCCAGACCCUCUCGCUGGGGGGCUUCUCCCUCAAAGACCCUCUCUCCUUCCCCACCCUGCUGAGCCACUGCCCGAACCUCCGGGAGCUCAGUGCCUCCUUCUGCGCCCCACAGCUGCCCAGCUGCCACUGGGAGGCGGGUGCAAAUGGGGACGGAGGCUUGGACUUGGACGUCGGCCUCCUUCCCCUCAGGAAAUUCCCUCGACUCUGUGACUUUCGGCUCAUCUUUUCUGCGCCUGACACGCCUUGGCCUUCUCUGCACGCUGCGGUGCUGAGCGCCACCCUCCUGCCUCUGCUUAGAAAUUCCCCGUGCCUGGAAACCCUGGAGCUGAUCCACAUGUCUUUCCCCUUGGACGGGCUGUUUCAGAAGGUGCUGGAGACCCCCAGCACCCCCCUGGCCCACCUGCGCAAGCUCUCCCUGGCCCACAGCCAGGUGUCUGCCCAAACCGCUCACCUGCUGCUGUCUUCGGAGAGUCAGCUGGGGCAGCUGGACUUGCAAGGCUGCCCGGACGUUACCCGGGGGGACUAUGACCAGCUGCUCAGGAGGGUCCGCCGCGAACGCCUGGACCUGCUCGUCCUGUGGAGGUGAAAGUCUCUGCCCCAUUCAGCCUGCAAUGGGGUGCCCCCCUUGUGCCGAGGUUCGGAGUGCAAAGCAAGUGUGUGUUUGCAGAAUGCAAGCACCGUCUCUGCGCCCAGCAGAGCCAGGAGGGGUGGGGGAGACGAGGUCCCUUGCAAGGGGUCGGCAGCUUCAGCUGAGACGAAGCGAGGGCCAGAGUGAGGCCUCGGUGCUUGCAGGAAACAACACGGUGCUUGGCAAGAGGCUGUGGAGAGCAGGGCAGCCAGAAGAAUCAUGGAAUUCUAGGGUUGGACGAACAGGGGGAACGUUCUUUCACAUGUGGUGGACUUGUUAAAGGGUAAAAGAGUUUUGGGAAAGAAUCCAUAAUGUUUAAAAGUACUUUCCCCCCAAAAAACAGAGUCCUUCCUGUUGGGGAUAAUUCAGACUGACAUUCCCAGGUGUCAAAAAAGGUUAUUUAUGUAUGCCACUACUGCAGCCCAUGUUUGAGGUCCCAACCAAAGAAGAACGGCAGCUGAAGUUGUUAGAGUAUGCACAACUCGCAGACUUAACAUAUAGAAUAAGAGAACAAGAAGAACAUACAACGAUUGGAAAAUGUUUAUUGAAUAUAUGGGAAAUAAUGAUUGUAUACAGCUGAAAACGCUAGCGGCAUUAAGAUAAAUUCAGCAGUGUAAAUGAGUUUGACGGAUGCAGUAAUGGAAUACUGAAUGGCAUAGUUUGUGUAAAAUAUGCAGGGGUUUAUAUGUAAAAUGAAACGUGGAAAGAGAAGAAGGGAAGUCAUUGAUAUUUUGAGGAUGUAAAAUGAGUAUUUUAAAUUGUGAAACAGAAAAUUUAAUGAAAAUUAUAUACGGAAGAGACUCCCGAGGGGCAUCUAGUCCAACCCCCUGCAAUGCAGGAAUCUCGGCUCAAGGAUCCCCGACAGGUGGACAUCCAAGCUCUGCUUAAAAGACUCCCAUGAGAAAGAUUCUGAUGUAACAUCAUGAAAGGAAGAAUCCUGCUGCAUUCUCAUUCUCCGAGAAAUUCUGAGCGCACACAGGGAGUUCCACUUCUAGGAUCUGUCCCACGUUAAUACAUAACGGCCGCUGUGUGGAAAGGUCCUGCCCUCUGUGCCUUCCCCCUUUCCCCUUUCCCUUUGUGUUCAUUUCUGGGGAGGCUCAGCCUUCCUGGGCUCCCCAGCUCCUUCCUAUCCACAUGCACUUUCAGGGACGGAGAGGCAGUGCGGUGUAGUGGUUAGAGCGUCAAACUAGGACCCCGGAGACUGGGGUUCCAUUCACUACUCUGCCAUGAACCUCGCUGGGUGACCUUGGGCCAGUCACCAACCCUCAGCCUGACCUACCUCACGGGGUUGCUGUAAAUAUAAUAUGGGGAGGGGAAGAGGACGCAGGCCGCCCUAAGCUCUGCGGAGGGAAGACUGGAUAUAAAAUGCAAUAAAUAUUUUUAAAAAAUAACCCUUUGACCCACCAUACCGGGGUAACAGCUGCAACUUAACACUGUGCAGUUAGAACCGAGGGGGGGGGGAGACUUGGUGUGCUUUUAAACUGAAGGAGAUUUAAUUCAGUUCUUUUGUCAAUCCUCCUUUAAAUAUUGCUGCUGUUUUUGCAUCUCCUUUGUACUGGUUCCUCUGUUGUUACUCUUGAAUUCUUACUGCGUGGUUUAUCCCACAGUGCUUCUUCGAUGGGCCCCCAUGACCUACAAGUUUUCACUCUCUGCUGCGUCCAUAUUUUGCAUUGUUGUUGUUGUUUAGUCGUUUAGUCGUGUCCGACUCUUCGUGACCCCAUGGACCAUAGCACGCCAGGCACUCCUGUCUUCCACUGCCUCCCACAGUUUGGUCAAACUCAUGUUCGUAGCUUCGAGAACACUGUCCAACCAUCUCGUCCUCUGUCGUCCCCUUCCCCUUGCACGCGCCAUGAUCUUGGUUUUUUUGAUGUUGAGCUUCAGACCAUAUUUUGCGCUCUCCUCUUUCACCCUCAUUAAAAGGUUCUUUAAUUCCUCCUCGCUUUCUGCCAUCAAGGUUGUGUCAUCUGCAUAUCUGAGGUUGUUGAUAUUUCUUCCAGCAAUCUUAAUUCCUGCUUGGGAUUCAUCUAGUCCAGCCUUUCGCAUGAUGAAUUCUGCAUAUAAGUUAAAUAAGCAGGGAGACAAUAUACAACCUUGUCGUACUCCUUUCCCAAUUUUGAACCAAUCAGUUGUUCCAUAUCCAGUUCUAACUGUAGCUUCUUGUCCCACAUAGAGAUUUUGCAUUAUCCUAUAUAAUAAAGUCCCUGUCUCUCUGCAUCCAGAUUCC